AGAACAAACAAAGUCCAAAGGACAAACCAAGGUAAGGACAACAAGCACCAUGUCGUCUUCAAGCUCUGCUUCUGCGGUUGUGCCUGUACCAGUACUAUCGUUUUCGGACAAGGUGGUAGUGGUAACGGGAGGAGGUUCUGGGAUCGGCAAGGCCCUGUGCGACGCCUUUGUAGAAGCGGGUGCUGGUGUUGGUGUGGCACUGGAUCUACCCCACAAGCUUUCGUCUACUAGCAAUGGUCGCGUUUGGUCUCUCCCGUGCGACGUGACGUGUCCAUCGCAAGUAUCCCAAACGAUCCAGUCCAUCAAGAAUCGCACCCACAACAAGAUUGAUAUUUACUGCAGCAACGCCGGCAUUCUGGUUCCAUCGGAUGACGCCACAAAUGAUAGUUGCGUCAAGCACGGCGUAGAGGAGUGGAAUCGCAUCUUGCAAGUCAAUCUCAUAUCACACAUUACGGCAUUAACGUGUCUGUUACCCGAUUGGGAACGAGGCAUUGGAGAUGGACACUUUUGCGUCACGGCGUCGGCGGCGGGAUUGUUGACCAUGGUGGGCGAUGCCAGUUACGGAGUCUCCAAAGCCGCCGCCGUUUCCUUUUGCGAACACGUACAAAUUGCGCACUCGCCUAGUGUCAAAGUUCAUUGUCUUUGUCCACAAGCUGUCAGUCACACCAAUCUGAUGCCCAUCACCAAUACUGACAGUAGUAGUCAUAAUACGAAUGCCGCCAUGACGGACGGGGCAUUGUCGCCGCAAGAAGUGGCAUGCGCCACACUCCAAGGAAUUCAAAACAACGACUUUUUCAUCUUUCCACACACCACCGUACCAAAGUAUGUACUACGAAAGGCACAAAAUCACAAACGAUGGAUUCAGGGAAUGCAGCGCAUGAGAAAUACACUCUUUCCGCAGCAACAACAACAACAACAACAACAAGACGAAGACAGUGGAACUAAACUACUGCUACAGAGAUCCAAACUGUAAAAAAAUGAAUGGAAUGGUACGAAACGAAACGAAAGGAUGCCAAGAGUGCAUGGCAUGGAGUAAAACGUGAAAUCGAAAAACUGCAGUACAGUACUGUACGACGGUGGAUAUGGAUAUAUAUGUGGUGCCAUACAAAAAGCCGGUAAUCGCUUUGGAUACCGGUAGAUUGCUUUAGUAUAGAGUACGGUAUGCAUUAUUGUAGUACCAAAGUCAACUCAUCUGCCCAUUUCUACAGGUGUUGCUUUUGCUUUCUUGGUGCAUGCGCUUGUUUGCACCAAACAAGAACGCACAAUCCUUGGAUGCGAGUGAAUGACGAACGACUCGAGUCGUGGAUGAAUCGAAUCCUAAUUAAUUUUUGGGAG